CCGCGUAACCACUUCCAGAUGACCAAAGGCGCGGUGGACACUCCAGAAAGGCAGAAAACCAUAGUCAUUUCGCCAUGUCUCCCGGCGCUUGCACUCUCUUUCCACUCUUCUCCAUUCUGAUCAUCAUCACCUCCACGUGCACUGCAACAAGGGACACCAUCUCCUCCGGCCACCCACUCGCCGGCCACGACAAGCUCGUCUCCGAGAACGGCAAGUUUGCGCUGGGAUUCUUCGACACUACCGGUAACACUACAGCCCCGAGAUGGUACCUGGGAAUAUGGUUCAACACUGUCUCAAAGCUGACCCCGGUAUGGGUGGCCAACCGAGAGAGCCCACUGGCCGGGUGCGCCUCGUCGGAGCUCAUGAUCUCCGGGGACGGCAACCUUGUGAUCCUCAACCGGAGUGACCGAUCCAUACUCUGGUCAAGCCGUGUGAACACCCCAACCAAGAAGACUAUUGCCGUGCUACUGAACAGUGGGAACCUGGCCCUCUCCGACGCGGCGAACUCGUCCAUCGUCUUCUGGGAGAGCUUCAGCCACAUGACGGACACCUUCCUCCCCGGCGCCAAGCUCGGCUGGAGCAAGGUGACCGGGCUCACCCACCGUUUCAUGUCCAACAGGAACACCCUUGAUCUAUCUCAUGGCGUCUACUCUGCAGGACCAUUGGCUAACACCACCAAUCGUGGGUUCUUCCUUGUAUGGAACUAUUCUGAAGAGUAUUGGUCAACAGGGCCAUGGAACGGGCACUACUUCCGCUUCAGCAACAUGCCGGAGGUGCUCCCUGCCGAUCUUUUCACUGUCGAAUUUGUCAGCAAUGACCAGGAAGAGUAUUUCACAUAUCGGUUGAAGGAUGAUUCAACGAUCACAAGGUACGUGCUUGAUACUUCUGGGCAAGCGAAGCACAUGAUUUGGAAUAAGGUUUGGAGCAAUUGGUUGGUCUUUAACGUGCAACCAGCAGCUCAAUGCGAUGUGUAUGCUGUCUGUGGGCCAUUUACAAUCUGCAUAGAUGAUGUGCUCCCGUUCUGUAACUGUAUGGAUGGUUUCUCCAUCAUGUCACCUCAGGACUGGGAGCUGGGAGAUCGAACCGGUGGAUGCAAAAGAAACGUUCCUUUGAAUUGUGGCAGCUACCAAAGCAUAAAUGGCUUGAAGGAUAGGUUCUAUGCAUUGAGUGAUAUCAGGUUCCCUCGUAAUAGUGCUAAUCUUGUAGAAGUUGGAAGUAAAAAUGAAUGUGCACUAGCUUGCCUUAGUGACUGUUCAUGCUUUGCAUAUUCCUUCUAUGAGGGAUGCAGUGUCUGGAAUUCUGAAUUGCUUAACAUUGCACGGAGGAAUAAUGGAAGUGCUAGCGGAAGAACUAUUUACAUUCGGAUUGCUGGCCAAGAGUCGGACGGUUUACAAGACAAGAGAGGACUGGUAAUUGGGUUCGUAACUGCUGCAACCAUUUUGACUAUUUUGUCUUUGCUUGUCAUUGUUUCCCUCUCUAUCAGGAGAAAGAGAAGGCGCUGUUUAGCUGUCAGUCCAAGGAGCAUCGGUGGUGGAAUAGUUGCUUUUAGAUACAAGUACUUGCUGAAAGCAACCAAAAAGUUUUCAGAAAAACUAGGAGGUGGUAGUUUUGGUUCUGUGUUUAAGGGUGUUUUACCUGACUCAACAGUUAUCGCGGUUAAAAGGCUUGAUGGUGCUCGUCAAGGAGAGAAGGAAUUCAGGGCUGAAGUGCGCUCAAUAGGAAUGAUCCAACAUAUUAACUUGGUCAGGUUAAUUGGAUUCUGCUGUGAAGGUGGUAAAAGAUUGCUUGUCUAUGAGUACAUGCCAAAUCGUUCUCUUGACGCCCAUCUGUUUCAGAAUAAGGGCCCAUCAUUGAGUUGGAGUACUCGGUUCAAAAUAGCACUUGGUGUUGCUAGAGGGUUGGCAUACUUGCAUGAGAAAUGCCUAGACUGCAUCAUACAUUGCGACAUUAAGCCACAAAAUAUUCUUCUGGACGAGUCAUUUGUUCCUAAAAUUUCUGACUUUGGAAUGGCAAAAUUUGUGGCAAGAGAUUAUAGCCAAGUCUUAACUACGAUAAGAGGAACUAUAGGAUAUCUGGCUCCUGAAUGGAUCACCGGAGUGGCUAUAUCAUCCAAAAUAGAUGUUUACAGCUAUGGAAUGGUUCUGUUAGAAAUAUUAUUUGCGAGGAGAAAUUUUAGAGAUGAAUAUACCAGUGAUACUGCCACCUAUUUCCCAAUGCAAGUGCUGACUAAGCUCCGUGAAGGUAAUGUGCAGAGUCUGGUGGAUCACAGCCCACAAAGUGUUAUCAAUUUAGAAGAGUUGGAAAGAGCUUGCCGAGUUGCUUGUUGGUGUAUUCAAGAUGAUGAAUCCAAAAGACCAACGAUGGGACAAGUAGUCCAAAUUCUUGAGGGUCUGAUUGAAGUAGACGUGCCUCCCAUGCCAAAGAUACUUCAAGCAAUUUCAGUAGAUAUAAAUUCGACCAGCAAAUAG